GGAAUGUACAAUCGGUUGGAGAAAUUUACCAUACCACAUAAACAUUUAUCAGUUCUAACGGACAAAUUUCCAAAUCUAUAUUUUCUCAUUUAUAUUUCGAUUUUCAUUCUAUUUGGAGCCUUAAUAUAAUUGCAAAAUGUCUGGUCGGGAUGGAGGUAAAAAGAAGCCCUUGAAGGCACCAAAGAAGGAAUCGAAAGUUUUAGAUGAUCAGGAUGUAGCAUUUAAACAAAAGCAGAAGGAACAGCAAAAAGCAUUAGCAGAAGCAGCGAAGAAAGCCAGUCAAAAAGGCCCAUUAGUUACUGGUGGUAUAAAGAAAUCUGGAAAGAAAUGAUCUCAUGUAGCAGUGGGUGAAAUUUGUGAUUUACUGUGCACAUGAUGAUUACAACAAUAAUUAUGGAUUGAUCAAUUGUUAUAUAAGACUACAGCUUUUUUUUAUGGUUUUUAAUUUUGAGAAAUCUUUAAACUUGUAAAUAAAAAUUAUGUAUGUA